AUUCUUUCUUGCAGCUCAAUCAAUGGCUUAUAAAUAUAAAAAUAAUAAUAGAUCUUAUGAUGGUAAAGCAAAAUUAAGAAGAAUUAUUAGAAAUGGAGGUGAAGAUGAAGAAUAUUUUAUUGGAUGUGAUAAAUAG